AUGGACAGGCCGUGCCCGUCGCAGCCCCUGAGUCAGGCUCGCUCUCAGUUGCCAGCAUCUGCCUCAGAGUCCUCUGAGCUGGGCCGGGUUAGGAUGGGGGUGGAGAGUUGCGUGCCCAGUCCUCUGCUGCCCUCGUGUCACUGUCCAGGAGCACCUGAGGAGGCGUCUGCAGGCAGUGGGAGUCCCAGUGCCACAGCCACCUUUACCACCACCAGCCCUGUGAAGGAGGGCUCGACUCGGCAGGGUGGUGGGGAGCUGCGUCCACUUCAGAGUGAGGGUGCGGCGGCACUGGUCACCAAGGGCUGUGAGCGACUGGAAGCGCAGGGUGCCCGGCCCGAAGUCCCCAAGCGGAAGUUGGCAGAGGACGGCGAGGAUGCUGAGGAUGCCCUGGAACCCAGCAAACGGCCCUGGGACAGGCAGGUGCACCAAGAGGCCCAGGAAGAGGGGGAUGGGGCCAGCGGCAGUGACAGUGGCAGUGGCGAGGCGAGUGCUGGACUGAGAGAGGAGGAAGGGCCCAUCCCGCCUGAGCGCCUGGCCCUGGACUACAUCGUGCCCUGCUUGCGGUACUAUGGCAUCUGUGUCAAGGACCACUUCCUAGGGGAUGCGAUGUGUGGGCGCGUGCUGGCCGAGGUGGAAGCUCUGAACCGAGGUGGGCACCUGUGCGACGGACAGCUUGUGAGCCAGCGGGCCAUUUCGCCAAAAAGCAUCCGUGGGGACCAGAUUACCUGGGUGGAAGGCCAUGAGCCAGGCUGCGAGAACAUUGGUGCCCUCAUGGCACAAGUGGAUGAGGUGAUCCGGCACUGCGCCGGGCGGCUGGGUAGCUACUUCAUCAAUGGGCGCACCAAGGCCAUGGUGGCGUGUUACCCAGGCAAUGGGCUGGGGUACGUGAGGCACGUUGACAAUCCCCACGGCGACGGGCGUUGCAUCACCUGUAUCUAUUACCUGAAUCAGAACUGGGACGUCAAGGUGCAUGGCGGCCUGCUGCAGAUCUUCCCCGAGGGCCGGCCAGUGGUAGCCAACAUUGAGCCACUCUUUGACCGGCUCCUGGUUUUCUGGUCUGACCGGCGGAAUCCCCACCAGGUGAAGCCAGCCUAUGCCACCAGGUACGCUAUCACCGUCUGGUAUUUUGAUGCCAAGGAGCGGGCCGCAGCCAAAGACAAAUAUCAGCUAGCAUCAGAACAGAGGGGUGUCCAAGUGCCACGUCACAGCCGGCCACUCCCGUGUAAUGACUACCCUCGGAGCCGCAUGGAGGGACAGCGUACCCCGACUUCAGGACAGCCUGGGGACCCCUGCUAG